AUGCUGCGAGUGGCGCCCGCCUGGCGCGUGGUGCCCCGCCGCGCUGUCGUGGUGCCGGCUGCCUACGUGCCCGCGCGUGGCGUGCGUGUGCCUUCGAAGCAUAAGCUCGCGGCCAUGAAUACGUCCAAGGCGCGGGCGCCUGGCGCGCCAAGCUCGGCACCCUCGGCAACGAGUCGCCGCCAGGCGCCCCUCGCGCGCCCAGGCGAGCUUCCGCGCCUCGAGUUUGAUUCGCCUACGGCACCGAUGGACAAAGAGCGCGUGUUUACUGCUCCGCCGCUCUCUCCCGCCCUUGUGCGUCGCGUACACGCGCUCCUUGGCGAGGAGGCUAGGCCCACAACGCCGCAGGCCCACAGCCUCGCGUACUUUUUCCAUGGCACGCCCUCUAAGCAUACGAUCAUUGCCGCAGAGACUGGGAGCGGCAAGACCCUGGCAUACCUGCUGCCUGUUCUCCAGUCUCUGCACGCGACGCGCACAGCGACGGAGCACGCGGAUGUGGCGCGUGUAAGAGCGGGUCAGGCGCCCCGCAUCCUACCGCGCGCGCUCGUGCUUGCGCCGACGCAUGAGCUUGCACGGCAAAUUGCCGACGUUGCCAAGGCACUCAGCCAUGACGCAUCGCACAAGCUGCGCGUCGCCUGCUCGUCCAAGCCAGCGUACGCCUCGCAUCUGCACGACGAUCUCGCCCAGCUGCGCGCCCGCGCUGAGGCGUCGUCGGACAUGCCUAGUGCGCCCAUCUCGCCUGAUGUGCUGGUGUCUACGCCGUCGUUCCUGAACGAGUAUGCCGAGCGCCUCCUUGGCUGGGACAAUGUGCAGGCGCUCAUCGUGGACGAGGCGGACACAUUGCUCGACCAUGGCUUCCGCGCAUCCACGCAGCGCCUUAUGGACAGCGUGCCGCCGUCCGCGCAGCAAGUAUUUGUUACGGCUACCAUUCCCCAGUCUAUGCGCGCCUUUCUCGAGGGGCGGCACGCCGACCUGCACGUCCUGGCGUCGCCACACCUGCACCACCUGCCAGCGCGCCUCAAGGCCUUGUUUGUCGACCCCGGCGGCAACAAAGAGCUGGCGGUGCUCAAGGAGCUCUUCCGCGUGUUUACGGCGCCGGGGUGCGAGAAGGACCAGAUCCUCAUUUUCCGCGACAAGCGCCGCGAUGUGGAGCAGCUGAGCCAGUACCUGUCGGCUCGCCAAGUGGACCAUGUCGCGCUGACGGGCGAGGCGGAUGACCGGCGCACGCGCACGAGCAAGGAGCUCGAUCCGUUCCUAGCCCGUCCUGCGUCCUACCGCGCGGGGGUCGAGCCGCCUGCGGACGCUCCACGCGUCCUGCUAACGACGUCGUUGCUCUCGCGCGGCCUUGACUUCGGUCCCUUUGUGCGCCAUGUAUUUUUGCCGGAUGCCGGGCGCCACACGACGCGCUCCGUGCACGCCGCGAACAACAACGCGCUCGAGCUCCUGCACCGCGCUGGGCGCUCGGCCCGCGCGGGGCGCGCUGGUACCGUCGUCGUCUUUGACAAGGACAGUGCGCCUGGCAAGACGAAGGUGCUCAUCAAUCAUCGCGGCCAGAAAAAAGGCAUCUGCCUUUCUAUAGAGGCCCUCCACAUCGCCGCUCCAUCCGCCGGGCAUGAACGACGUCGUGCACCGCUGGCUCGACCAGGUACUCGCACCGGUACGCCGCUCAUUCUGAUGCAGUAUGCGGAGCGCGCGCGCAUCAUGCGCGAUAUGGAGCAUGUGCUCACCGAGUACCAUACCCUGCGGCCGCGCACCGACAUGUUCAGUCAAGUGUACCAGAUACCCGUGCAUGUGUGGAUCCCCCGCGCAUACCCUGCCGAGCCGCCCAUCGUGUAUGUGGCCCCGACACAGAACAUGGUGGUAUGCCGCGGCUCCUGCGUCGGGCCCGAUGGGCGCGUUCGGCUGCCGUAUAUGGAUGCAUGGGAGCGCAAGCCCGAGACCGUGUUUCAUUUGGAGCCGCCCGUCAUGGCCAAGCACCGCGAGAAUCCAGCGCGUGCAUCACCAGCGCCCGGCACAAGCGCUGCCGAUGGAGCGCCGCCUGCGCGCCCGCCCAAGGCGAGCUCUGCGGCAGGGCCGCCCGCUGCGCCCUCCCCACCGCCCGCGGCGCCGGAGCGGCCGCCCAAGCCUGCGCCGCCUGCUGCCGCGGAGGAGCGCGCCGCGCCAACUCCCACGCCACCGCGGCCAGUAAAUCCAGGCAUCGCCGAGCUCCAAGCGCGUGUGCACGCCAAACUCUCACGGAGUGUGGCAGAAACUCAGGACGCCGUAAACCAAGCCAUGGAGCAUUUAGAGCGUCUAUGCGGUGAUCUGGAGCGCGGGCGCCCAGCGAUGGAUGACGAAAUGCAGCGGCUGCGUGUCGUGCGUGACUUGUGCAUGGUCGAUGCGGAGCGCCUCGAUGCUACGAUACAACAGGCGCAGCAGCAGACGGCCGAGCUGCAGGCGCGCGCCGAUCCGGAUGUCGAUCAUAUGCUUUGCCCUACGAGCAUCGCCGAGAACCACUGGGCCGUGCGCUGUACGCAGACCAACUCCCACUGGACCGCUUCCUCAAGGUACGCACCCCUUCUUACACAGCACGCACGUAUUCUCUCGCGCGAUCAGUUUAUGAAGCGGGCGCUCGCCCAGAAAAUCGCCGCGGGGCUCGGGUGGCCUACGUCGCCACCGACGCGAGCGCCGCACUCGAGCUCUGCGCGUGAGUAG